AUGGAACCUAGUAAUCACACCACGGUGACCGAGUUCAUCAUGCAGGGGCUUUUGGACCAUCCUCACCAUCAGGGGCUGUUCUUUGGGCUAUUCCUGUGCCUUUAUACAGCUGUCAUCAUGGGCAAUUCCCUGAUCAUUGUGGCUAUUCUCCUACACCCACCUCUCCACACCCCCAUGUACUUCUUCAUUGCCAAUUUGGCCACCCUCGACAUUAUGUGCAGUUCUUCAGUGAUGCCCAAGAUGAUGAAAAACCUGAUGCAGGAGAAGAAAACCAUCUCAUUUGAUGGUUGCAUGGCCCAGGUCUUUGCGUUCACUUUGUCAGGGGGGACAGAGCUUAUGCUCCUCACUAUCAUGUCAUAUGACAGGUAUGUAGCCAUCUGCCACCCCUUGCUCUAUGUCAACCUCAUGACCAAGAGAAUUUGCAUGAGGUUAGCCAUCGGGGUCUGGGCUGUGGGUGUUGUCAAUUCAGUGGUGAACACAUUGCUCAUGCUGCGCUUGGAUUUUUGCAGGCCCAACCUCAUCCAGCAUUUCUUCUGUGAGAUCCCACCAGUGUUGGCACUGUCCUGCAGCUCCAUCUACCUCAACCAAGUUAUGAUGUUCUUGGCAGACAUCUUCCUCCAGUUAUUCACUGGAUAA